AUCUGCGUUAUACAGGAUGUACAAACGGCGGAAUCUGAGAUGUUAAUUACGUCACACGCAAACGCUCAGGAAAGGGGUGUAGCGCUAGAUGAAAGAAGCGGUAGACGUCGUAGUCGUUUUAAAGAAGAUUAUGUACCAGAGAGACAUGGAGGAGGACAUCAGAAAGAAGGGCAUGCUGUAUGUACAGCAGCAAAGAUUUGGGAAGAAGUGGAGAAAAGUCUGGUCUAUUCUGUACCGAGAAAGCUCCUGCUCCAUCUCACGACUAGAGUUUUUCGAGUGUAAAGACGGCACACUGGAGAAGUCCAAAUGCAAGCAGGACACCAAGAAGAUUAUCAGACUGAGCGACUGCGUCCGCGUGUCCGAGGCUGCGGACAUGGACGGAUGCCCGAAGGACUGCAAGGCUUUCCUGAUAGAAACGACCGAGAAGACAUUUCUCUUUGCUGUAGAAAUGGUUGAAGUAGAAGACUGGAUGCAGAAACUGUGUGAAAUUGCAUUUCCUAUGAACUGGAGCGAAAGAGGAGCGAUGAGAAGGAACAGUUUACCUCCGGAGCCCGACGACGUCUCCAUGACGGACAACUCGCUCUACUGCGGGAAAGAAGCCGCCCUGAGGGACUUCAAGGUGGUGAUCAGACGUACGGAUGCUGCGGAGAGGUGUGGGCUGAAGGGACAUUACUUGCUCCGUACAGAUUUCGAAAGUUUGCUCCUGAAGGAGCCCAAGACAGGAGAAGUCUACUUCACAUGGCCUUAUCGGUUCCUUCGUAGGUUUGGACGAGACAAGACAACGUUCUCUUUUGAGGCCGGGCGAAGGUGCGACUCCGGUGAAGGCAACUUUGAGUUUGACACCAAACAAGGCAACGCCAUUUUCCAGAGCGUGGAAGCCUCCAUUAACUUACAGAAAGCAGGAAUUGCACAGCAACAGUCUUCAAAUGGUGCUCGAGAUCGAGAUACUUUACCUAUGCCACCCAAAAUAACUCCACCCACAGAGGACAGCUCCAGCACCAUCUACAGCAUGCUGAGUGAAACAGCUGUGAAGGACAAAGCCAGACAAUCACCGCCACAUCGUACAAGACUAGAAGCACCUACAGAUAAACAUCUGACCGGGGUUAAGAGCUUAAACAUUGAGACACGGCCACUGCCAAGAAAGAACCAGGUCAAGAACUUCCGGAGCUGUCCUUUAGCCAACACGGAAGACGAAGCCUACUCUCAGGUCACGGCACCACUUUCAGAUAAAGAGAUUCCAGACCGAGUCGUGCAUGAAGAGCAACACCAAAUGCUUCGUCCUUGUUCCAGCUCCCCAGACACAGAGUACUCGCUUCCGUUUGACAGCAUUGCCAAGAACAUCAUGAUGGACAUUUUAGCAUCGUCACAUUUGGGACCACCGAAGGUAGUGGAACCUUGUUUGAGUGACGAAACUAGAGCCGAUAACGAGAAGACUGCAGAGCCACUUUAUGAUAGCAUUGAUGAGUCUGCCAUCAGGUCAAUCCCACAAAAACCCAAAAGACAUUCGAAUAAAUAUCCAGUGGAACACAUUUAUGACGAACCCGAAGGCUGCGCCGCGAUGCCUCCGGCGGCGCUCUACGAUGACCCCAAAGAAGUCCGUGGUAACGCAUGGAAGACCCUGGGUGCUGUAAAUGACCCGAGCGGACACGAGUUCCCUUACAAUGCACACGUGGAUGACUACGCCGUUCCCAAACCUCCCAGGAGAGCCAGAAUUCCUGAGCAGGAAAGAGAGAGAGGAGAGAAAAGCCGGAGGACAGGAAUACAGGCCGAAGAUGAGGAGGAUACGUCUCCGUAUGAUAACGUGAUAAUGAAAAUGAAAACUAGUUCUCUGAAUGAAUAAACUGGACAAACCAGAUCAAGUAGUGUGUGAAGAAAUCACUAUAAAGUUCUUCGGUUUUCUGAUCUCGAGCAUAAAAAGACUGUCGAACUCUCAGCUCCUACAACCAAGCCUUAAUGGGUACGGAUUAAAUCCUCUGAAGCCGAGUCACAGUUACAAUCACACGGCUGAUUAUUUUCCUAUAAUGUCUGCGAGCCGUGAUACUUUUCUAUUUAUUGUAAUUUUUAACUAUUUUAAUAUUUAAGCACCCUCUUCCUUCCUGCUAUCAUGUAAGACAACAAACAAACAAACAAACAAACAAACAAAAAAACCGCAUUACUGAGAAACUGUAAAAAAGAAAAGAAAAGUAGUUUGAGCUUCACCUCUGACUGUAUCAAAGCUCUGGCGCUGGAGACUCCUGCCAUACACGUGCAUUUUAAAGUGUUUAUACGGCACGUCUCCGGAACGAACCCCUGAGAACGAGCUGUUACUAUGGAAACAAGCGUAUGAUUCUAUAUUAAUUACGUAACUAGCUGCACUACUGUCAGAGCUGCUGUUAGAGAAAACGAAUCAUCGCCUUCCGACCGAUCGGCAUCCAGAACUCAGCAUCGAUGUGGAAGGAAACUUUCAGUUUUUAUCAAUCGUUACAAUCAGAGUGCAAUUUUACGUGGAACCUGGUGAGUGAAACCAUGUGACCAGGAUGUAAGGACCGAUUCUGCUAUAAAUACUGUAUUUAAUGUCAGUGUUGUUCUAGUGCGAUGAUGUAGAUUAUUACAGUCGUGUAAGAGAUUGUACACCACAUGUUUUUUCCACAGUAGCUCAAGCACACACUCAUUUCUUCCAGCGUGAUUGAUGUGGAAAUUUCAGCUCGGUGGUUCGGGGCAAUGCGGCUGAAACCACACUGACCUUCUGCAGAGAGCUCGGAGGCUGUAAACAGCAUCGUAAUACAGUCGGACCUGAAGUCGCCGCUUUAUUAACCACUAUUUGCUGAUUUCUGUUAUUGUGUUGAGGGUCAGGGCCAGUUCUAGUUCCAGUUCACACACACACACACACACACACACACACACACACAGACUGAAGUCAGCGGUUCUCUCUUCCUUUCUGUGUGGUGACGCCGUGUAGCCUUUACGUGGACUCUCGGACUGAUCGGUUUAUUUUCAGCAGUGUGAGUGGUGUCAAUAAAAAGCUGAACAAACUGAA